AUGACUUUAUCUAUGUCCCUCCAGAAAGUCAAACCUCUAAUAAAGACAACCCUCCCAAACAACAACAACAACAACAAUAAUAACAACAACAACAAGAACCUGAAUUCCCUCUGGAACCACAACACCAGCCCAGCAAAGAAGCAACAGUGCAGCAAUCAGAAGAAGAACUGCCCUUCGAAACCUAAAAAGCAGGCUGUCGAGAUAUCUUCACCGAGGAAAACAGAGCCAAAACCUGCGUUGUCUCUUAUGAGUUCUGUUAUUGAAGAAUUAUUGAAAGAUGACUAUUUCUAUGAAAUUUCUGAUGAUGAUAGCCCUGUCGAAGAAGAAUAG